UAACAAUUGCAAACGCAUUAAAAGAUGAAAGUGUGGCUGUAUGGGAGAAUGCUUUGGAAGAACUGAGGAGUGCUGCGCCAACAAACAUCAGCGGAGUGGAUGACAGGGUAUACGGAUGUCUGAAGUGGAGCUACAACCAUUUGAAAGGUGAUGAAGUCAAGUCAUUGUUCUUCCUUUGUGGUUGGUUGAGCUAUGGCGAUAUUUCAAUGCAUCAAUUGUUGCAGUAUGCUAUGGGUUUGGAUUUGUUUGAGCACCUCAAGUCAUUGGAGCAAGCAAGAAAUAAACUAGUUACAUUGGUGAGAAUCCUCAAAGCCUCAAGCUUGUUACUUGACGGUGAAGAUCAUAGAGACGAUUUUGAAGAAGAAGCCUCAAGGUUGCUUUUCAUGGAUGCUGAUAACGAGUAUGUCAGGAUGCAUGAUGUUGUUCGUGAUGUUGCCAGAAAUAUUGCAUCCAAGGAUCCUCAUCGAUUUGUAGUCAGAGAAGAUGUUGAAGAAUGGUCAGAGACUGAUGGAUCCAAAUACAUCUCUUUAAAUUGCAAAGAUGUGCAUGAGCUUCCUCACAGGUUGGUAGGCCCGAAACUUCAAUUUUUUCUAUUGCAGAACGGUCCUUCCUUGAAAAUCCCACACAAAUUUUUUGAAGGGGUGAACCUACUCAAAGUUUUAGACUUGUCUGAAAUGCAUUUCACAACACUACCUUCAACGCUUCAUUCCCUUCCAAAUCUUCGAACAUUACGUCUAGACAGGUGCGAGUUGGGAGACAUAGCUCUAAUUGGAGAGCUAAAGAAACUACAAGUUCUUAGCAUGGUGGGUUCCGAUAUUCAACAAUUGCCUAGUGAAAUGGGGCAGUUGACGAAUCUAAGGUUGUUGGAUUUGAAUGAUUGUGAGAAGCUCGAAGUAAUUCCACGAAAUAUCUUAUCAAGCCUGUCUCGAUUAGAAUGUUUGUGCAUGAAAUCUAGCUUUACUCAAUGGGCAGCUGAAGGAGUUAGUGAUGGAGAAAGCAAUGCUUGUUUAUCGGAGCUGAAUAAUUUGCGUCAUUUGACAACUGUAGAGAUACAAGUACCAGCUGUCAAGUUGCUGCCAAAAGAAGACAUGUUCUUUGAGAACUUGACAAGAUAUGCGAUAUUUGUAGGCAAAUUUCGGCCGUGGAAAACAAAUUAUAAAACAUCAAAAACAUUAAAGCUCAGACAGGUUGAUAGAAGCUCGCUUUUAAGGGGUGGAAUUGACAAGUUGUUGAAGAAAACUGAAGAACUAAAGUUGAGUAAAUUGGAAGAAGUAUGUCGUGGCCCAAUUCCCAUAAGGUCUUUGGAUAACCUUAAAACUUUAGAUGUGGAGAAAUGUCAUGGAUUGAAAUUUCUCUUUUUACUUUCCACAACCAGAGGCCUUUCCCAAUUAGAAGAAAUGACAAUAGAAGAUUGCAAUGCCAUGCAGCAAAUAAUCGCAUGUGAAGGGGAGUUCGAAAUAAAAGAAGUUGAUCAUGUUGGGACCAACUUGCAGCUGCUCCCUAAAUUACGAUUUUUAAAACUUGAGGAUCUACCGGAGCUCAUGAACUUCGAUUUCUUCAGCUCUGAUUUGGAAACGACAUCGCAAGGAAUGUGUUCCCAAGGCAAUCUUGAUAUCCACAUGCCAUUUUUCAGUUAUCAGGUUUCAUUCCCUAAUUUGGAGAAGUUGGAACUCACUAAUCUUCCCAAAUUGAAGGAGAUAUGGCAUCACCAACCUUCACUUGAGUCAUUCUACAAUUUGGAGAUCCUUGAAGUGUUCUAUUGUUCAUGUCUGCUUAAUCUUAUCCCAUCUUAUUUGAUACAAAGGUUCAACAAUUUGAAAAAAAUAGACGUCUAUGACUGCAAAGUCCUAGAAUAUGCGUUUGAUCUUCAAGGACUUGAUGAAAAUGUUGAAAUCCUCCCAAAGUUAGAAACCUUGAAGUUACAAAGACUACCUAGGCUAAGGUAUAUUAUAUGCAAUGAGGACAAGAAUGAUGGUAUGAGGUGUCUUUUCUCUUCUCCAAUGCUCAUGGAUUUUCAAAACCUCAAAUGUCUAUCCAUCCAAGAUUGUGCAUACGAAAACAAUGAAGAGGGACAUGUUAAUACUCCUAUAGAAGAUAUAGUGCUCUUCGGCGAAAAGGUUUCGUUCCCUAACUUAGAGGAGUUAAAACUUGUUGAUCUUCCCAAGUUGAAGAUGAUAUGGCAUCACCAACUUUCACUUGAAUUCUUUUGCAAGUUACAAAUAUUAAGUGUGCAUAAUUGUUCAAGUCUAGUCAAUCUUGUUCCAUCUCAUUUGAUACAAAGCUUCCAGAAUUUGAAAGAGGUAAAUGUGUAUGAUUGUAAAGCCCUAGAAUCUGUGUUUGAUUAUCGAGGAUUUAAUGGAGAUGGUGGAAUCCUCUCAAAAAUAGAAAUAUUGAAGUUGGAGAAACUACCUAGACUAAGGCUCAUUAUAUGCAAUGAAGACAUUAAUGACAACAUGAGCUAUCUUUUAUCACCUUCCAAGUUCAAGGAUUUUUACCAACUCAAAGAGCUACAUAUCAUUGAUUGUGGGAUGCUUUUGGAUGAAGAGGUUUCAUGUCCUCCUAAUUUGGAAGUGUUGGUUCUAGAAAGUCUUCCCAAUUUGAAGGAGAUCGAUGUUGGGAUCUUCGCAAAGUUAAAAAUCCUAAGAUUAGAGAAACUACCUAGGCUAAGAUAUACAUUUGCUUCCCAAUUCAAGAAUUGUCACAAUCUCAAAGAGCUACACAUCAUAGAUUGUCGGAUGGAAGACGGGAGAGAUGUCAAUACUCUUAGUGAUGAUGUAGUUCUCUACAAUGAGAAGGCUUCAUUCCUUGAAUCAAGAGCCUCCACUGUGAACAAAAUUAUGGAUGCCUUAAGAGAUGACAAUAUCAACUUGAUAAGAGUAUGGGGCACGGCCGGUGUGGGCAAAACAACACUGCUGAAACAAGUGGCUCAACAAGCUAAGCAACAGCAGUUGUUCACCAAACAAGCCUAUAUGGAUGUAUCCUGGACUCGAGACUCGGAUAAACUUCAAGGAGUUGCUGAACUUCAACAAAAAAUUGCAAAAAAGGUGUUGGGCUUCCCAUUUGGUUGCAGGAUGAAUCCAGAAUAGCGGAUGAACUGAAGCGGGGACUGAUGAGGCAAGGGAAGAUCCUUAUUAUCUUAGAUGAUAUUUGGACGGAAGUUGAUUUGGUGAAAGUAGGAAUUCCUUUUGAAGGUGAUGAGACGCAAUGCAAAAUAGUGUUGGCUUCGAGAGAUGGAGACGUAUUAUGCAAAGACAUGGCGCACAAAUAUGUUUUCAGGUGGAACCUUUGCCACCAGAAGAAGCUUGGAGUUUUUUUAAGAAGACAUCAGGUGAUUCCGUGGAAGAGGAUCUUGAACUGCGACCCAUAGCCAUUCAAGUGGUUGAAGAGUGUGAGGGUCUACCAAUUGCAAUUGUAACAAUUGCGAAGGCAUUAAAAGAUGAGACCGUGGCUGUAUGGAAGAAUGCCUUGGAACAACUCAGGAGUUGUUCACCAACAAACAUUAGAGCAGUGGAUAAGAAGGUUUACUCAUGUUGGAGUGGAGCUACACCCAUUUGAAGGGUGAUGACGUUAAGUCGUUGUUCUUACUUUGUGGUAUGCUGGGCUAUGGUGAUAUUUCAUUGGAUCUCUUGUUUCAAUAUUGUAUGGGUUUGGAUUUGUUUGACCACAUGGAGCCAUUGGAGCAAGCAACAAAUAAACUAGUUACAAUGGUGGAAA